AUGGCUUCCGCCCUGUCGCUAACUUCCGUCGUUGUUUCCAAGCAAUUUCGGGUUUUGGACAGCAGCAGUUCCUCCUCUUCUAGCAGCCUAUUACAUAGUCAAUUCGCCAGCAGCACGCGCAGCGCUGCCAGUGCGCGCGUGUGUGUGCGAUGCAGCGCGACGGACGAUGGUCGCAGCGCGGCCACGGUCGUUAAUGGCGCGUCGCACUCGUCCGCCACCGCGGACCUCCCCUCGCGCUACCGCAGCGCCAUGGAGCGAUCGCGCGCAAUCGCGAUGCACAAGGCCGACGAGGCCGCCGCCGAGUCUUCGCGGGAUGCGCCGGCGGCUGCGGCGGCGCCGGUGGUGCUGGAGCGGGUGAGGCUGGUGGCGGGCCAGGAGGAGUGCGGCGCGUGUGAGGCGGCGGGAUCGGUGCCUUGCGCGACAUGCGCGGCGUCCGGGUUGUAUGUGGAUCCUAUUAUGGAGUGCCAAGGCAUCAUCGUUAAAGUGCGCUGCCUCGGUUGUGGUGGUUCGGGCACUAUUCUUUGCCCGAAGUGUGGUGGACGCGGUCAUAAAGGUUUGCCGGCCGACAUUCUCCUCAACGGGCACCACGUGCAGGCAUGGCUUCGCGUUCCCCCCGCCGAAUCCGCCGCAUCUCCCGCCGCAGGUGCCGGCGCGCCCGCCUCGGAGGAAUCCGUCAUCACCUGGACGCCGAAAACCGCUGCUGACGUGGCAGGAGCAACGGUCGGAUCGCAGCUGGUCGCGGGAUCCAUCUCUUUAGAUUCGGAUCUGAUCGGAUUCAGCGCGACAGGCGCGUCGACGAUCACUCUCCGGCUGUUUAAACUCCCUACGACGGAUCCUACGGGUGCGGGCGUCGCGGCGCUCUCUAUGUGCACGACGACGCGUGCGCACAGCCGGCGGCGCGAGAGGGAGGACGUACUGGUGGAGUUUAAGAAUGCGGAGGAGCACGAGCGGUGGGGCGAGGAGCUGCAGCGGUGGAGGCGGACAAAUGGCCGGCCGUCGGCGCUGCUAGUGGUGCUGAACCCGGUGGGCGGCAAGGGCAUCGCGCGGGACAUCUACAAGCGGGACGUGGAGCCGCUUCUCAAGGCCGCUGACGUCAAGUACGAGCUCAUCGAGACGCAGCGGUACCGGCACGCGUUUGACAUCAGCAGGGACAUGCGCGUGGGGCAGUACGAUGGGGUGGUGUGCAUUGGCGGCGAUGGCAUUCCCGCCGAGGUACUGAACGGGCUGCUGGCGCGGCCUGACUGGAGAGAAGCCAUCAGAACCCCACUGGGGGUCAUUCCAGCAGGAUCGGGCAAUGGAAUGGCCAAGUCGCUGCUACACGCGUCAGGGGAGGAGUGCACGCCACAGAACGCCACGCGAGCUGUUAUCCUCGGGCGCAGCACAGCAGUGGACGUGGGCACGGUGUCACAGCCCCACGCACUCUUCCACUUCAUUCUCAACGUCAACUGGGCGUUUGUCAGCGAUGUGGACAUUGAGUCGGAGGUCUAUCGUUGGAUGGGAGGUUUCCGCCUCACCUUUUAUUCAAUAAUCCGCAUCAUCAACCUGAGGCGCUACCACGCGCGCCUCUCCUACCUACCUGCCGCGGCCUCCUCCGCCCCCGCAGCCCCGGGCGCUCUACAGCCGGAGGAGCGGGAGGGCGGCGUGUAUGCUGGCGUGCCCGCUACAGCCGUGGGGGACCCGGAUGCGUGGGUGACGGUGGAAGGGGAGUUUGUGCUGCUGUGGUGCCAGAGCACUGCGUGGGCUGCUGAGGCCAUGCACAUUGCGCCGCAGGCAGAGCUAUCAGACGGGUGUUUGGACAUGAUAGUGGUGCGCGAGUGCACGUCCAUGCAGCUGCUGGAGCUCAUGAUGCUCAUGGAUGAGAACAACGGCAAGCACCUCGCCAGCCCGCUGCUGCAAUACAUCAAGGUGCGAGCAUUGAAACUGGAGGCCGGGGGGAGAGUGCGUCAAGAGCCGGGGCGGGGAGGGAUAGUGGCGGUGGAUGGUGAAGUGGUUGCCAGGGGGGUGGGCGCGUUUGGGUUCGAGUCAGGAAAGGACCCCAUGGAUUACGGAGUGCCUUUUCAUGUCACAAUGAACCCAGGGUUAGCUCGACUCUUCACGCUGCCUUCUCUGUCCUCCCAUACGACCUCUCACACAUGA